AUGCCUCCACCUCGAGUAACAGCAAUUCUUCUCUUUCCACGCGCAACCCUCUCUCCAUCACCUUCAACCUACCGCAGCAUCUCAGCCCAACGCCUCCGACCACAAUUACACCCACGCAAACAACCACAGUCGUCCCCAAGGCCAACUAUAUCCUCCUUCUCAACCAGCAACCCCGCCCGAGCCCGCGAAGCAAACUUCUACGAAAUCCUCGACGUCCCCACAACCGCAUCAGCAGCGGAGAUCAAGAAACAAUUCUACGCCCUCUCAAUGCGCCACCACCCAGACCGCAACCGCACAGACCCAGACGCAAGCCAACGCUUCGCCCGCAUUUCCGCCGCCUACAACGUCCUCGGCAACGCCUCCAAGCGCGCAGUCUACGACCACGACCACGGCUUCCACACUGCGCAGCACGCCUCGCCCGGCCAAACCCACACCCACCAACGCCCGAUGGGCAGCCACAGCAGCUACGCCGGCUCACGACCCGCCAGCGGGCUGAGCAAGCGGCGCUCGGCAUUCCGCGGUCCGCCGCCCAGUUUCUACGAGCAGGGUGGAUACGGUGCUACGGGGAGACAGGGGCAGGGAUGGGCGGCUGGAGGUGCUGCGGGGUCGGAGUUUCGGGCUGGCGCGGGCGCUGGGACGAAGCAUGCUGAUCCGGAGGAUUGGGAGGGGUUUAUUCAUCGGAAUCCAUUGCAUCAUUUUAAUGCUCAGGGGCAUUUCCGGACGCAGGCGGCGGAGGAUCGGAGGAGGAGGGAGAGGAGGAAGGGGGCUAGGAGGAUGGAGGAGGAGAGGGUUGAGCGUGAGCCUGGGGUUGAUCAGACGAUUUCAAGGUUUUUUCUUUGUUCCGGGUGUUUGAUUGUGAUGCUCGUUGUCGUGGAUCUUUGGCGGUCGGUUCCGAAGGCUGUUGAUGGGAAGAAGACGAAGAAGCAGAGGGAGGCUUUGUCUUCUUGA